CCUUCUCUCUCUCCUUCUCUACACCCCCCAUCCUCUACCCGAUUACUAUACAACAUGGCCUCUGAAGUAGACCAUCUCGCUGCUCUGGCUUCGGAUCCCUUCGAGCCACAGACACCUAUCGGCCGUCGUCGUCGGCCGUCGGCGAAUCCGCCCUCGUCCGUGGGCGGGGCGCCGAGUUCGUCUGUCGGUGGAGCGCAGCAGCAGCAGCAGCAGCAGCAUCCUACCUCGUCGCAGGCAGGCGAGGAAGACUACGCUGCUGACGCGGAGGAACGUCCGCGGCGCAGGUUUGAUAACGCGAUUCCGAAGCUGGUUGACAAGACCGGCGAGGAAGUCGGCGAGACGUUUCGCGAGUUUCUCGAGACGUUUGUGGAUCCUGCGUCCGAGUUGGUGGGUGGUCAGCGCGAGCUGUAUUAUAUCCUUCUGAUUCGGGAACUGAAGAUCGAAGACCGAUCGACGCUGUUUGUGGAUUACGCGCAUCUGGUGACUGUGCAUAACGGCGUGCUCGCGCAGGCGAUUACCGAGCAGUAUUACCGGUUCCAGCCGUUCCUCCUGCGCGCGCUGCACAAGCUGAUUGCAAAGUACGAGCCUAGUCUGGUAUACUCCCAGCAACAGCACGGCUCCGGCAGCAGCACUGCGGCCGGCUCAACCUCGCUCGGCCGCACUAGUACGGCGUCGAACGCAUCUAAGUCGAAAGCGAACGAGAAACUGUUCCAGAUCUCAUUCUACAACCUCCCGCUCGUGCAGCGCAUCCGCGAUCUCCGCACCGAGCGCGUCGGCUGCCUCAUGUCGAUCUCAGGCACCGUUACCCGCACGUCUGAAGUCCGGCCUGAGCUGUACAAGGGCAGCUUCACGUGCGACGCAUGUCACGCGGUCGUCGACGACGUCGAGCAGAUGUUUAAGUACACCGAGCCUACGAUCUGUCCGAACGAGACGUGUCAGAAUCGCACGGCGUGGAGUCUGAAUGUGCCGAGCUCGGCGUUUGCGGAUUGGCAGAAGGUUAGGAUUCAGGAGAAUUCGUCGGAGAUUCCUACUGGUUCGAUGCCCCGGACAAUGGACGUAAUCCUCCGCGGCGAAAUCGUCGAGAAAGCAAAAGCAGGCGACAAAGUCGUCUGCGUCGGCACACUAAUCGUCAUCCCCGACGUCACGCAACUCGGUCUCCCCGGCGUAAAACCCGAAGCCACGCGGGACGGCCGCAACGCGCCGCGCUCGACCGAGGGUUUGAACUCGGGCGUGUCUGGGCUAAGGUCGCUCGGCGUGCGGGAUCUGACGUAUCGGCUUGCGUUUCUGGCGUGUUUUGUGAAUUCGGCGGAUGCGAAGGAUUCGGGCGUGGCUGAUGUGCGCGGAGAGGGGGAUCAGGGUGAGCAGGAGCAGGAGGAGUUUUUGAACUCGUUGAGUCAGGAGGAAGUUGAUGAGUUGAAAGCGAUGGUGCGGGCGGACCACACCUACGCGAAUCUGGUGGACUCGAUCGCGCCGUCGAUUUACGGGCACGAGAUUAUCAAGAAGGGAAUCCUGCUGCAGCUGAUGGGCGGCGUGCACAAGACCACGCCGGACGGGAUUAAUCUGCGCGGAGACAUCAAUAUUUGUAUCGUGGGCGACCCGUCGACGUCCAAAUCGCAGUUUCUGAAAUACGUCUGCAGCAUCCUCCCGCGGACGGUGUACACCUCCGGCAAGGCGUCCUCUGCCGCCGGUUUGACUGCCGCGGUGGUGAAAGACGAGGAGUCCGGCGAGUUCACGAUCGAGGCGGGCGCGCUGAUGUUGGCGGACAACGGCAUCUGCGCGAUCGACGAGUUCGACAAGAUGGAUAUCUCUGACCAGGUCGCGAUCCACGAGGCGAUGGAGCAGCAGACAAUCUCGAUUGCGAAAGCGGGGAUCCACGCGACGCUGAACGCGCGCACGUCGAUCCUGGCGGCGGCGAAUCCGGUCGGCGGGCGGUAUAACCGCAAAAUGUCACUGCGGGCGAAUAUCAACAUGUCGGCGCCGAUCAUGUCGCGCUUCGACCUGUUCUUCAUCGUGCUGGACGACUGCAACGAGCGGGUGGAUACGAUGCUCGCAAGCCAUAUUAUCGACAUCCACCGCCGCCGCGACGAGGCAAUCAACCCGCCGUUCUCGACCGAGCAGCUCCAGCGAUACAUCCGCUACGCGCGCACGUUCAAGCCCAAGAUGACGAAGGAGUCGCGCGAUCUGAUGAUUGAGAAGUACAAGGAGCUCAGAUCCGACGACGCGCAGGGGUUGGGACGGAAUUCGUACCGGAUCACGGUCAGACAGCUUGAGUCGAUGAUUCGUCUGUCGGAGGCGAUUGCGCGAGCGAAUUGCGUGGAUGAGAUUACGCCGGCGUUUGUGAGGGAGGCGUUUAAUUUGCUGAGGCAGUCGAUUAUUCAUGUCGAGAAGGAUGAUGUUGAUGUUGAUGAGGAGGAUGAGGAUGAGCAGGACGAGACCCCGCAGAAUGCAGAGGUCGAGCAGCAGCCACAACAGCAGCAGCAGGAGCAGCAGGAGCAGCAGCCCGCGCCUACUCACACAAAGCAAAAACUAAGCUACGAGCGCUACACCUCCAUCGUCAACAUGCUCCUCCGCCGCGUCCUCGCCGCCGAAUCCCCCUCCUCCCCCACCUCAAGCGAAGGCAUCUCCCGCGACGAACUAGUUCAAUACUACCUCGAGCAACGCGAAGACGAUCUUCACUCGGAAGAAGACUUUGAGUUUGAGCGCGCGACGGUGAAGAAGGUGAUUAGACGGAUGGAGAAGGAGAGUUUGUUGAUGGGGAUUCGCGGGGAGAUUCGCGAGAAGGAGGGGGAGACGCCGUUGGUGCAGACGUUGUAUGUCGUGCAUCCUAAUUGCUCUAUUGAGGAUCAAUGAUUCUCUUUUUUUUAAGUUGUGUUGUGAUUUGGUUUUGCGGUUGUGUAUGUUAUGUUUACGGAAAGGUCGUUAUGGUUGUUUAUAUUCCUACUAGUUUUCAUAUAAUAUAUCGUUAGUUAUCAUUUUCUUAUUCACAAAAA